GUAUCAAAUAGAUAAGAAGAAUAAGUGCUUCAAAUAAGUGGCAAGUCACACAAGUAAAGAGGCGUCCAAGUUUUUCAAUCACUGUUUAUUGCAUAACUGCAAAAUGAUAUUUUCAGCUAUUAGCCUGGCAGUGUUGUGUGGGGGUUUCCUGGAUGCAGCUCAUGGAUGGCAUCUGCCCAAAUUUGGUCGCUGCCCUCAGCUUCAUGUAAAACAAAAUUUUAAUCUGGAGAAGUACAUGGGUGUAUGGUAUCAGCAAGCCAGUGCUCACACUGAGUUUGAAGGGAAGGGUCGCUGUAUCACAGCUAUUUACACAUACAACAAUGACACAGAAAUCAUCAAUGUCACCAACACCAAGAUUGAACCAUCAAACAAGUUCUUCUCAAUGGAAGGAACUGCAGUUUUACAAGAUCCGGAUAAAAAGGAGGGAAAACUAGAGGUUACAUUUCCAUUACACUUUUUGAACUUCAAGUUCACUGGUCCUUAUUGGAUUCUGGACACAGAUUACGAGUUGUAUGCGGUAGUCUAUGGUUGUAAAGAGUUCUUCUGGUUCUUUCAUGAUUAUAGUAGCGUCUUGUUUAGCAGAAUCCAAGACUUGAGUGCUAAGAAAAAACUUGAAGAAAAGUUUGUUAAUAAAACAAACAAGGUUUUACAAGCACGUGGCAUCAAUUUGAAGGAUUUCUCAGUUUCUAACAAUUUAAAUUGCAAUACAUAAACUCGAGUGAGUAAUUUUCUUAGAAAAUACAUUUUUGUAUUGACACUGGUCUAGAUUGUGUAAAAAUAUAUUGUUUUUUACAUUUUAAUCGU